GUAUCGAUUAUGCGAUGAUUUAGCUGUUAGUUGAUAACUAACCUGCUCUUGGAGUUUGAACUUGAGAUAACAGUACAUAUAUUUAUUUCAUUCGGUUUAUAGUCCGAAAUUUCCUAUAAAAUGUUUCGGCUCAAGUUAUUUUUAUUUUUAUCAGUCCAUUGCGUUGUCAUUUUAUGUAAAAGAGGCGAUGUGAAACCUGAAUGGGCUAAAAAGGACAUAAGAGACUUUACUGAUGCUGACAUGGAAAGACUUUUGGACCAGUGGGAGGAAGAUGAAGAACCACUGGAACCAGAUGAGCUUCCAGAGCACCUUAGACCCCAGCCAUCUCUAGAUUUCAAUAAGAUUCAGGGCUCUGAUCCAGAACAACUAUUAAAACUGACUAAGAAGGGGAGAACCUUGAUGUCUUUUGUAAUUGUUAGUGGUAAUCCGACCAGAGAAGAGACAGAAACUAUUACUAAAUUAUGGCAGACAAGCUUAUGGAAUAAUCAUAUUCAGGCUGAAAGAUAUUUGGUCGAGGACAACAGAGCAAUAUUCUUAUUUAAGGAUGGUUCUCAGGCGUGGGAAGCCAAAGAUUAUCUUAUUGAACAAGAUCGAUGCGAAGAAGUUCUGAUUGAGAACAAGCCAUAUUAUGGAAAAAAUUCAAGUAAAGGAAAAGUUGAAAAAGUGGAUUCUUCAAGGGACGAACUGUGAUAAGUAAAAAUGACAUGUUUGUGAAAUAAUCAAGAACUGAAAAAUGAUUAGGACUAUGAGAAUCCAUUCCAAAUGAACAAGGCAAGAGUACUACUUCAAGUAUAAAUUAUAUAAGUGAGUGUAGUUUCUCAUAUUUGUAAUAAUUAGUUUAAAAGAUGUUUUCCUUAUAUUUACCCACUUUCAAAUUUUGUAAAUAUUACAUAGUUGAAAUUGUGCAUUUAUUAAAUAGUACAAAGUUAAAUUAAAUGUUCUUUUUAUCAAUGAAUCAUUAAUUAAUAAAGUUUAAACAGAUAUGAAAACAAAAAAAAUAAAAAUGAUCUGAAUUCAGAAAAACUAUUGUUUUACAUAAUUUAUAUGUAUGUAUGUGAUGUUAUAAAUAAAUUAUAUUUUUGUUAU